UGGUCUUCCAGCUCCAUCUUUUGUCACUGCUAACAUCUGAUUGCAUUUUCUUUCAAUCUUUGAAAAUCCUUCUCUGCUAACAUAAGAAAUAUUCUACUUUUCCAUUCAUCUGCUAAGCUAUGGCGAGGACCGGAAACAAGAGUUUACAAGCCAAACUGGUGCUUCUUGGAGACAUGGGAACAGGGAAGACAAGCUUGGUUCUUAGAUUUGUCAAAGGCCAAUUUUCUGAGUACCAGGAAUCAACAAUUGGAGCAGCAUUCUUCACUCAGGUUUUGUCUUUGAAUGAAGCCACGGUGAAGUUUGAUAUAUGGGACACUGCAGGGCAAGAACGAUACCACAGUUUGGCUCCUAUGUACUAUCGUGGUGCUGCUUCUGCUAUAGUUGUCUAUGACAUUACAAGCAUGGAAUCUUUUGUGAGAGCAAAGAAGUGGGUUCGAGAAGUGCAAAGACAAGCAAAUCCAAAUUUGAUCAUGUUUUUGGUGGCUAACAAGGCUGAUUUGGAAGAUGAGAGAAAAGUCAGAAAUGAGGAUGGUGAGGAAUAUGCCAAAGAAAAUGGUAUGACCUUUUUUGAAACUUCAGCAAAAACCGCACAGAAUGUCAAUGAGCUCUUCUAUGAAAUAGCUAAGAGAUUGGCAAAAGCUAAUCCUUCACGUCAAACCGGAAUCAAGCUGCAAAGCAGACCUCAAGAAAGAAGAAGAAUGUUUUGUUGUGCUUAAUAGCAUGUCUUUGAUCUUUUCAAUUUGAAAGUAUCGUUAUGUUUAAUGGCAUGUCUAUUGUACUCAAAUAAACUUGGAUACAUAACUCUAAUACCAAGUUCUCACUGGGGAAUCAUCAAAUCACUCACGAGUUGGCCUGCUACUUAAGGAGUAUGGACCAGUGAGAACCAGAUCCAUUGUUUAUCUCUACAUGCUUUCUCAGACAAGAAGUCAAUGUACAUUGUAUGAUGUUACACCCUAAGUUGGUAACAUUUGGUGUGGGCGAAUUUCUCUUUGUUUGUUCCAACAGACAAAGCUUUUUUUUCUUUAAUUGAAUGUUGUAUUUGUUCAUUUAUAUACAACAAAGAUUUACCAGAA